AUGUCUCAAACAUUACAUAUUGCGAAGAACCUCGCAUCGCGGUACCCAUGGGUUGCAAAGCCUUUCCUUGUCAGCGCUCCGAUGCGUGUCAUGUCCGGCCCAGCAUUGGCAGUUGCAGUCUCUGGCGCCGGCGGCCUGGGAUUUAUUGGACCAGGCCUGAAAACCCAGGAUACCCUGGCAGAUUUGCAGGAAGCGUCGUCUUUAAUCAGUAAAUCAAACCUGUUGUCGACUGCCUUUUCAACAAUUUCCGACUCCGCCGAUCGGCCGCUGCCUAUUGGCAUUGGCUUUCAGCUAUGGAAUGACGAUGUCGAGGUCGCCGCUAAGGCUGUGAAGGAGUUUAAACCUUGCGCUGCCUGGCUUUUUGCUCCUAGAGACGGCCAGAAAGACCUGGAUAGCUGGUCGCUUGAGAUCCGCACGGCGUCGCCUCAGACGCAAAUAUGGAUUCAGAUAGGGACAUUAGCCGAGGCACGAGAACUUAUCCGCAGCUCUGAGCUGCCAGAUGUAAUUGUGGUCCAGGGUGCAGAAGCCGGCGGCCAUGGACGUGCCAGGGAUAGUCUGGGGCUUAUGUCUCUGUUACCAGAAGUGGCUGAUGCGAUUGAAGGAACUCAGAUUCCGUUGUUUGCUGCUGGAGGAAUUGCUGACGGAAGGGGCGUUGCCGCGGCUCUUUCUCUGGGUGCCUCUGGAGCUGUGAUGGGGACUCGUUUCCUUGCUGCCAGCGAAGCACGCAUCAGCCGUGGAUAUCAGCGUGAGGUUGUACGAGCCGAUGACGCCGCUGUCAGUACGGUGCGUACGCUGCUUUACAACCAUCUUCGAGGCACGUUCGGGUGGCCUGAGGAAUACAGUCCUCGCACUAUAAUCAACAAGUCGUAUCUUGAGCAACAGGAAGGGGUAUCAUUUGAGGAGCUUAAGAAGCGCCAUGAUGAGUCACAAAAGGCCGGUGAUCAUGGCUGGGGCCCAGAGGGAAGACUUGCAACAUACGCCGGAACGUCCAUCGGACUUAUCCACGAAGUUAAAGAUGCAGCUACAAUUGUUCGCGAUGUCCGGGAAGGUACUGCAAAACGGAUUGCUGCGCUCGGCGAUUAG